AUGGGCUUACUCAUAUGUUCGGCCGAAACAAAAGCAAGAAGCGUUUGCAAACUUGUCACUGCGGCGACCUUUGGAUUCCUGGACCUUCUAGAGGUGCCCUACUAUUUCUUUUUGGUAAUAUUCAAGAGAAGGGUUUUCAAUGGCUUUAUGCGGACAAUACAGGCUCUUGUAAUAAUCACGCUUCUCUCACUCUUACCCACGAGUCUUUCACUAUUAUUACCUUGA